AUGGACGCCACCAACGACGUCCUGGCCGCGCUCGGGCUCCGGAUGUGGGUGACGCCCUCCUGCAAGUUCGCGCGGACGCGGCUGCGCGUGGGCACCGCCUCGCCCGGGAGGCCGCGCGCCGAGGACGCGGGGGGCACGCCCGGCGAGCAGGAGGGGCAUAUCGGAGGGCUCUCGCCCCGGGAGUUCGUGCGUUUCAUGCGCAGCGCGCGCCGUUCGGGGAUCCUCGCGGGGGAUCGCUUGGAGCGCUACCUGCAGGAACUGGAGGCGGAGGGGCGGCUGCAGCCCAUCCCGCUGCUGUCGAGGUCGUUGCAGCACAAGCUGUACCUCGACAUCUCGCGCAUCAUUGUGUUCUCCUUCCACCGGGCGGUGACCGUCGCGGACAACGCCUCGCUGUGGGGCCACCGGCUGCAGGUGACGCAGACGCCCAUCUUCGGCGAGAAGACCCGGGCGCGCGAGCGCUGCGUCGGCGAGGCGCAGCUGCGGAUCAUCGUGGACGCCAUGGUGGCCUCGCAGGUCGUGAAAACGCCGAUGGUGCUGAAGCCGCUCGAGAAGAGGCUGUUCACGAACUGCAUGAUGGUAGUUUUCCAGCUGAUCAACGAGCUCCUGGCCGGCGAGGGGGAGGAGGUCACGUUCCUGGGGCACAAGCUGCGGUUCAUCCUGGAGCCUGAGCCCGCCGAGCUGGUUCGGAGGCUGCUGGAGGAGCAGCCGGUGACGCACUGCAAGAUCAACGAGGCUGCGGUGGCCGAGCUGGUGGAUGAGCUCCUGGCUGACAAGGACACGAACAUCCAGUGGCUACCCGAUGUCAUCGAGAGCCAGAUUUAUCAAGGCGUCAUGCGGCUCAUGAUCCGGAUCGCAGAGCACGUCGUAUGCCGGCUGCGGCUGAACUUCUUGGGGCGGGAGAUCCACAUGUCGAUCCUCUCCUCGAGCGACCUCAGGGCGCCCCGCGAGCGCCUCGCGUCGCAGCAGUCCAAGGAGGCCACGCUCUACUUCGAGGAGGAGGACCCACUACGGACGGUCUCCACCACCGAGCUCGAGGAGCGCCUCAAGGACCUCAGCGAGCAGCGCCGCGUGUUGCAGGCGCUGCAGGAGCUGCGCAAGGCCAGCUUCGACCUCACGGCGGAGACGCCGAUGCAGCAGCGGCGGCGGGCCUCGCCCGCGGAGCAGGGCAGCGGCCUCGCCGACCUCACCAGCGCCGGCGACCCCGAGGAGACCACGCCAGCGGCCUCGAGCGGGGCGCCGGCCGCGGCGCACGAGUUCCACACGCUCGCGCACACCCUCAAGCUGGCGCGCAGCCUGAGCGUGAAGAUGGAGGUUGAAGCCGACAUAGAGAUCCCGCACGGGAUGAUCGCAGACCUGGAGACCUACCCGGUCUGGAUGCCGUGGUGUCAUUCCGGGCGCUUCACGGGCCCGCUCCGGGCAGUGCCCGACGCGGGCGCGGAGACCUCGCUGGAGGGCCAGGUGGGCUUUGGCUUCGAGACUGGCACGUUCCUCGGCACUGUCGGGGACACGGUGCACUACAGCGUGCUGGUGAAGAACCCUACGGAGGCCCUCGAGGGGCCCGCCGGGGUCCCUGAGCCCAGGACCGCCGGGGUGAUCGCGGACGCCGUGAACGGGUUCACCUACGGUAAGCGCCUCGUGUACGAUUGGCGCUUUACGCAGGUGGAGCCCAAGAAGACGACGGUUGAGCUCGACAUGCUCUUCCAGGCGCACAGCGUGCUGUACAUGCCGGUCUGGGACAGCCUGCAGAACAUGAUGUUCAGUCAGAUGCUGAGCGCUUUCAAGGCGAGGGCAGCCCAACUGCAGGCCAGCCGCGGCGGCCCGCCCGCCGACGACGCGCAGGCCGCCGCCCCCGAGGGCGCCGCGGCGUCCGCGUGA